ACUGUGACCCUGGGCGUAAUGUGUACAGUUAUACAAUCCUAAAUGUAGAAAAACACUGAACAUCCGCCUUAAAUGAUCGUCUGUCGGCUUAUACAACGUCAAAAAAGAGGGUGUUUCUUUGUGCAUGACUCAUUAUGGAGAUAUGCUAAAUAAUUUGGGAAUUGGCGUGCAUGUCCCAAAAAGUCAGUGCAAAUGUAGUAAAUAUCAAACAAACCCCUCAAUAUUUUAUCAGCUGGAUUAUAGAAGGACUGUGUCAUGGCGUUUGCUUGUUGUUAUCUCUACGUCCCGCAGACCCGGGCGGGGAAGCGAAAUGAAACAAACAACGAUGGGGGAAGUUUGCAAAGAGAAGAACUCAGAGUCAUGGCUUUCUGUCAUUUGGCGAAUCUGCAACCUUUUCAUGUCUGUGUUCUUCGCUCUUGCAACAUAUGUUCAGAUUAACGAUCCAGACGCAGGGUUGUGGAUGGUUGGUUAUGGCGUUCCUGCAGUCCUGUGUGCAAGCAUUGGAUUGAACCCCCAUGUGACAGAAACGUUGCCAUGGAGGCGUAUUGCAGAUCUCCAUGUGAUGAUUUCCACUGCUGUGGUUGCCAUAUUGGGAUGGAGACUUUGUAAAGAGCGAAUCACAGAUAUCUUCCAGGAGGAGGAGGGCAGAGAAUUUUCUGGUCUCAUGCUGACACUUGUUUGGCUUCUCCUAUGUCGCCACUCUGGAAGGUCUCCGGUGGGGAUGCUCAGAGUCUCCACGGCAACUGCCAUCACAGUGUUCCCCUUUGUGGCCUGGCUUUACUAUUACAUCAAUACAGAGCUGAGAGCAAACUGGCCUUCACACUGUAAAACUGCUAUUUAAACAUCAACUACUGUUCCUUUUGUUAUGUUCUCUGACUGAAAACCCUGGACCAACGAUGCUGCUCAAGUUAACAUUUUGUAGUAGCAUUAAAUACAAACAUAUGACAGCUGAGCUGUCAUAAAGUAUUUUUCAUCAAAGUAUUUUUCAUCAAAUGUUUACCUACUGUUUUUCUCUAUAAAGUGCAAUUGAUUGUGGAAUGUUGAUUGUUUUUUCUGUCAAUUGAAGUAUAAAUAAUAUGCAAUAAAAGAAAAGUGA